ACUAAAGACGUUUCGCAGAACUGGCUGGCUGGCUUUGUGUGAAAACAAACAAGAAAAGUAAAAAUUGUUGUUAAAAUUCAGAGCUUGCAGCAUUAAUUGCGAUAACUGCAAAACUACGCAUUACGUAUUACAACAGUGACAAAUAACGGCUUCAAAAUUGGCAAAAUACGGAAAAAUAAGAAAAUGAGCUUUAAAGAGAAUUGCGAGGCCGUCUCCAAAGAGGAAUGGCAGCAGAAACUGGAUAUGUUCCCGUUCAAGCAAUCGGACAUGAAUCGUCUGGUUAUGAACUAUCUAGUGACGGAGGGCUUUAAGGAAGCUGCGGAAAAAUUCAAGCUUGAGGCGGACCUCGAACCCAACGUUGAGCUAAGUAGCCUGGAUGAUCGCAUAUUAAUACGCGAGGCUGUGCAGGAUGGACGCAUUGAGGAGGCUACUCAGCUCGUGAAUCAGCUGCAUCCAACUUUGCUGAACAGCGAGCGUUAUUUGUACUUCCAUUUGCAGCAGCUGCAGCUCAUCGAGCUUAUACGCGCCGGCAAGGUUAAGGAGGCGUUGAACUUUGCGCAAAACAAGCUCUCUGAAUCUGGCGACGAGGCCAUAUAUGAGCUGGAGCGCACGCUGGCUUUGCUCGCUUUUGAGAAGCCACAGGAAAGUCCAUUUGCUGAUCUGCUGGAGCAAUCCUAUAGACAAAAGAUUGCCAGCGAACUAAACGCGGCUAUACUGCGUUGUGAGCAUAACGAGGAGUCCACACCCAAGAUCAUGUAUCUGCUUAAGCUUAUACUUUGGGGACAAUCGAAGCUUGAAAAUCGCUCGAUUAGUUAUCCCAAAAUUAAGGAUAUGGAAACGGCACAGCUGGAGCAUAAGCAGUAAACAGCAGUAAAAAUAAUAUU